AUGUCCUUGUCACCGCAAAGUCAGUUUCGUGUCAAUUCUACUGCUCUGUUGGAUGAUCGUGAGUUUAAAAGUUCUGACAUUGCCUUGAACACCUUCUGUGCAAAGCAUGUAGCGGUCAACCUCAAAGCGAUGAUCCGACCUCAAGCUGCCAUGGAUUCGAUUGGCCGAUCCCCUUGCUUUCAGCAAUAA